GGCUCUCCUCCAGCCUCAAAAUGGCGGCGUCCAGUGAGCUUCGUCGGCCGGCCGUUCUCCGCCGCCGCCGCCGCUGCUGCUGUUGCUGAGCGAGCACCAGCUUUUCUUCCUCUUGCACUUGGAUCCGACUAGGGGUUGGGAAGGGCAUUGGACGGCCCUCCUGGGGGAGGCCCGACGAGAUUUACAAAAACCUCUUCCUCUCAGUUCAUGGUGUUUCAUCAUCUGUACAACAGAUACUGAAUCUUUUAGAUUACUGUUACUGGACCAAAAAGAUGACCUCUAUUAUCAAAUUAACUACCCUCUCUGGGGUCCAAGAAGAGUCGGCUCUUUGCUAUCUUCUACAGGUUGAUGAGUUUAGAUUUUUAUUGGAUUGUGGCUGGGAUGAGCACUUUUCUAUGGACAUUAUAGAUUCCCUAAGAAAGCAUGUUCACCAGAUCGAUGCAGUACUACUGUCUCACCCCGAUCCUCUCCAUCUUGGUGCCCUCCCAUAUGCUGUGGGGAAGUUGGGUCUGAACUGUGCUAUCUAUGCAACCAUUCCUGUUUACAAAAUGGGACAGAUGUUCAUGUAUGAUCUUUAUCAGUCUCGACACAAUACAGAAGAUUUUACACUCUUUACACUGGAUGAUGUGGAUGCAGCCUUUGAUAAAAUACAGCAGCUAAAAUUCUCUCAGAUUGUGAAUUUGAAAGGUAAAGGCCAUGGUUUGUCCAUCACACCUUUGCCAGCUGGUCAUAUGAUAGGUGGAACAAUAUGGAAAAUAGUCAAAGAUGGAGAGGAAGAAAUUGUUUAUGCAGUUGACUUCAACCACAAGAGGGAGAUCCACUUAAAUGGAUGUUCCUUGGAAAUGCUAAGCAGACCCUCUCUACUUAUCACAGAUUCAUUUAAUGCUACAUAUGUACAGCCUAGAAGAAAACAGAGGGACGAGCAACUUCUGACAAAUGUCCUGGAGACCCUACGAGGUGAUGGGAAUGUAUUAAUAGCAGUGGACACUGCAGGCAGAGUUUUGGAACUCGCUCAGCUUCUCGAUCAGAUUUGGAGAACUAAAGAUGCAGGAUUGGGUGUUUAUUCAUUGGCACUCCUAAAUAACGUCAGUUACAAUGUGGUGGAGUUUUCCAAGUCCCAGGUAGAAUGGAUGAGUGAUAAGUUGAUGAGAUGUUUUGAAGAUAAAAGAAAUAACCCAUUUCAAUUUCGCCAUCUCUCUUUGUGCCACGGCCUUUCUGACUUGGCUCGAGUACCGAGCCCCAAAGUUGUACUCGCCAGCCAACCUGACCUAGAAUGUGGAUUUUCAAGGGAUCUCUUUAUUCAGUGGUGUCAGGACCCUAAAAACUCAAUCAUUCUAACCUACAGAACAACUCCUGGGACUUUAGCACGAUUCCUGAUAGAUAAUCCUUCUGAAAAAAUUACAGAAAUAGAGUUGAGGAAACGUGUCAAGCUUGAAGGGAAAGAACUUGAGGAAUACUUGGAAAAAGAAAAACUAAAGAAAGAAGCUGCCAAAAAACUGGAGCAAUCAAAAGAGGCAGACAUAGAUUCCAGCGAUGAGAGUGAUGUGGAAGAAGAUAUCGACCAGCCAUCAGCUCAUAAGACAAAGCACGACCUGAUGAUGAAAGGGGAAGGCAGUCGGAAAGGAAGUUUCUUCAAACAGGCAAAGAAGUCCUAUCCUAUGUUUCCUGCCCCAGAAGAAAGAAUUAAAUGGGAUGAAUAUGGAGAGAUUAUCAAACCAGAGGAUUUCUUAGUGCCAGAACUUCAAGCUACUGAAGAAGAGAAAAGCAAAUUAGAAUCUGGUUUGACAAAUGGAGAUGAACCUAUGGAUCAAGAUUUGUCUGAUGUUCCUACCAAGUGUAUUUCUACAACAGAAUCUAUAGAAAUCAAGGCUAGGGUUACUUACAUAGACUAUGAAGGACGCUCUGAUGGGGAUUCCAUUAAAAAAAUCAUUAAUCAGAUGAAACCACGGCAGUUGAUCAUCGUCCAUGGCCCACCAGAGGCCAGUCAAGAUCUGGCAGAGUGCUGCCGUGCCUUUGGAGGGAAAGAUAUUAAAGUGUACAUGCCAAAGCUACACGAGACUGUCGAUGCCACCAGCGAAACACAUAUCUACCAGGUGAGAUUAAAAGACUCACUUGUCAGCUCCCUUCAAUUUUGUAAAGCCAAAGAUGCAGAGUUAGCAUGGAUUGAUGGUGUCUUAGACAUGAGGGUUUCCAAAGUGGACACGGGCGUAAUUUUGGAAGAAGGAGAACUGAAGGAUGAUGGAGAGGACUCAGAAAUGCAGGUGGACGCGCCUUCAGAUUCUAGUGUCCUCGCUCAGCAGAAGGCCAUGAAGAGCCUGUUUGGAGAUGAUGAGAAAGAAACUGGGGAGGAGAGUGAGGUCAUCCCUACUCUGGAGCCCUUGCCGCCUCAUGAGGUUCCUGGACACCAGUCUGUUUUUAUGAAUGAACCAAGACUAUCAGACUUCAAGCAAGUUCUUUUGCGGGAGGGGAUUCAAGCUGAGUUUGUCGGAGGUGUUCUUGUGUGCAACAAUCAAGUAGCAGUCCGUAGAACGGAAACUGGACGCAUCGGAUUAGAAGGCUGCCUUUGUCAAGACUUUUAUAGGAUAAGAGACCUUUUAUAUGAACAGUAUGCCAUUGUGUAAAGGACAUGAUGUCAAGAAGUGUCUGCCUGACCUUUCUAAGAAAAAAGGAUUCCUAUCUCA